AUGGAGACGGGUUCUCUUCUGCAACUUGUAGAAGAGAUGGCCCCACUACGGCCUGUCAUUGAUAUCGACACGACUGCAUCUCCGGCUGAGUUGUCACGGAAAUGGGCAACACCCCUGGCCAUUCUCCUGCAGGCUAGCCGAUCGCUUAUCGAUGAUGUCAGCAUCUUCAUGGAAACGGGACUACCAAAGGUUGAAUGCCCGGAAGCUGUAGCUUUCAGGCGUGCUGCAUAUCACUGGAUGACGCUGAUCUGGGAAUCGUUCGUUCAAAUCACAGCAGUCCUCGGAAGCCAUCGGCAGGAACCCGCCCACAUAGCUGUAUGGAUUGACAAACAGGCACAUCACGACACUCGGAACAUCGGAUACAUCAUCGAGGCAACUAAUGAAUCAAUUCUUUUUUUGAGACGAUACAUCAAGACGCUGCGGGCGAAGACCAAGCAUUGGGCAGAGAUCCCCACCUCGUCCGUCCCUACUGCCUGUCCUUACGAGUUGCUCUACCGGCUGCUAUGCCGUCAAGAAAACAUCCAGCUGAGUCUACACAAAGAAGGCGCCAAGGAGACUUUGCUACAUCUGCAAAGGCAGACACUAUUCAACCUACCCGCGCCCCCGAACGUUCCAUACCAGUACGAGGCUGUCAAAGACGUGGCUGACGGAAGACCGUUCAUGGUGUUCGCGUGCACCCACCCGGGCCAACGCGGGCUGGUAUUUGGGGCGAAUGAACCCAAAUGGUCCGGCUUUCCAGAGAUCAUGUCUGUUGCCCGCGCCUCUCGUGACACUCAACUGUCUGCGUAUAUUCCACUCGCGGAUGCUGCAUUCCAGAAGCUCAAGGAGAUUGAGCUCGAGAUUGAACGUGAGCUUCUCCUGAACAACGACAGCAUUAAACCAUCAGUGCUUCUAUGGGAGGCUCGUCGCCGCGCCAUCCCUGCGAUGAGAGAUGAGGAAAACUUCCUCGGAGGUACAUCUGAGAUGGGUCUCGCGUUCCGAACGCCAAACUGGCAUGGUAACCAGCCCUGCUAUUUGUGUCAAGCCAUGAUGGGAUAUCAGAUCGCACGCGAGUGGAACGAGAAGGAAAAGAAAUCGUACCUUACUAGGCAAGAUCUUGAGUGCAAGCAGGAGAUUUACGAAGCGGGAGUGUUGUAUGGGCAUAACUCCAUUCACGUCGGCUCGUGA